AUGUCUAACCAACGAAUAUUGACGAAACACCCUUCUGUCAAGCUUCUAUCUCACAAGCAAAUUAAAACAACUAUUUACAUUAAAUCCCAAACUCCAUUCGUAUCAGCGUUAAAGAGAGUCAACAAGUUUUUGGGAAGAUUACAACGUCAUGGAGCGGAGUAUGUGAGUAUAAUGGGGAUGGGAAAAGCGGUUGAAAAGACAUUGUCAAUAGCUUGUCAUUAUCAAGAGGAAAAGGGCAAGAAAGUGGAAGUUAUAACUCAGAGCAUUGCUGUUCUGGACGAAGUCGUAAAAAAUGGUGACACGACAGAGGAACCUGAAGGAAUAGAUGAUGAGGAUAAGGAAACUUCUCUGCGAAAGAGAACUGUUACUGGCGUGGAGAUCCGGAUUUACCCAUAA